CAUUUCGCAUUAAGGUUUGCUGCACAAAGAAAUUAGGUAAACAAUGCAAUGCCUACUACAGUGUAUCUAUCUAUCUAUCUAUCUAUCUAUCUGCCUGUCCUGCGGAUGGUUGUGAGUACCAAGGAGCUGUCACACGGACCUUGCAUCAUUUUCGUCAGCGUCAUGCCCCAGGUGAGACGUCUCGAGAGUUCGUAGCUGUGCACGACUUACACCCAUGCCCAUACUGCCGUCAAUGGUUUCAUCGUCUUCUGAGACAUACUCAUGGGUGCAAGAUCUCUCAUUCAUCGUCACCUAACGAAAUCCAGAAAGGGUCCCCCUUUCCUUGGAUUCCUGCACCAAUGAUAUGUGUGAAAGUCAGUGUCGUGGUCAAGUCGGUUCUUCUUUGUCUUUAUCAUCUUCUUUAGCAAACAAAGCAAAGGAAAAUACAGAUAGUUGUUCCUUGAGUGGAAAACCCAGCAAUAAUCUCAUUUAUAUUUCAAACUCACUUUCAGAGCCCUUGGAUGCCAGAGCAUGGUCUCUCCUUAAAAGGUUGACGGUCAAUGACUUUCUUUCUUCUACAGUACCUUGUACUGUGUCUCGAGUUCCCAACGUUGCAGUCUCAGUUUUUCAUAAAUGUUGUGCUAUUCCUCUUGAGAGAAUUGCUUCUGAUUCAUCUGAUGCUGUAGCAUGGAAGCUUUUGAUGCUUGUUCCAAGGAUGGUUCUUACCCCUCCUAAACGUGGUGGGAGAGCAGGAUGUCAGGAAAUUCGCAAUUUGUGUCAAAAAUUUCUGGAGUAUCGUUGGGAAGAACUACUGCAGUUGAACGCUCCUAGAUGAAGAAACGAAUCUAAAACACCAAAAAACCAUCAAAGAAAUUCUGCUCUUCGUCUCAUACGUUGUGGUGAGUUGUCUCGUGCAGCUAGAAUUCUAUGCAGCAAAGGUCUAGCUCCAGCUACACAAGCUACUGUUGACAAGUUAGCUUCUAAACACCCAAUUCAGCGACAAGUUCCUGAGUAUGAGGAUCCAAAAUCAGAUCCAGGCUUGAAUCUGAAUCAGCAGUCUCUUGCUUGGAUGAUUAGAUCUCCCCCCCCCGUGGUUCUGGAGGCGGUCCAUCUAGAUGGAGAUAUGAGCAUUUACGUGCCCUGAUUGCUGAUCAUCAAAUCAGUGAUUAUCUUCACUUUCUAUGCAGUGCUAUUGCAUCUGGCUCACUUCCUGAAGAACCCAUCUCUCUUUUGUCAGCUUCUCGUCUGGUUGCAUUACCGAAAGGAUUCGAUGAUGUGCGCCCAAUAGCCAUUGGGGAAGUUUUUAGGAGAAUUACAGCUAAGGUCAUCUGCUCAGAAAAACAGACAGAAUUCCAUUCUUUCUUCUGUCCUAUUCAACAUGACGUGGCUACUGAAGGUGGAGUUGAGCUUAUAGUUCAUCAAGCUCAAGCUUUGACUGAACAACACCCAGAUUGGGUAAUUUUAAAAUCAGACAUUAAGAAUGCUUUCAAUUCGAUUAGUCGACAACACAUGUUACAGCAAGUAUGCAAUCAUUUUCCGGACGUGUAUCCACAUGCUUUUAACAUGUAUGGUCAUGUCAGCUCACUUGUGUAUACUAAGGGCCAUAGUACUGUCAUCCUCCAGUCGCAAGAAGGAGUCCAUCAAGGAGACCCUUUGGGCCCCUCUUUGUUUUCCAUUACUAUACAACCAUUACUCUCUAAGGUGCAGAAGCAACAUCCCCGAGUUCAAACUCUGGCCUAUUUGGAUGACGUCUUCUUGAUUGGUUCGCCUGAAGAAACUGUGAAUGCCUUUCAAGACCUACAAUGUCAGUUUGAGUCAACAGGUCUACUCGUCUCUAAGCAGAAAUGUGAAGCAUAUGCAAUGGCUUAUCCAGAUGAGUGGUCUGUUGACAUUGCCAUCAACACUUCUGGCAUUGACAUACUGGGAACCCCAAUUGGGACACCAGAUUACGUCUCCGCACGUUGCACAGACAAGGCAAAGUCUGGUACUGAACUAUGUUCAAAACUACUAGAAUUGGACGAUCCACAGAGUUCUUUACUGCUACUCAGGCACUGUCACGUUCCUAGUCUCAACCAUUCGAGUAGAACUGUCAUACCGGAACAACUCAAUAAAGCUGCUUUGAUACAUGAUGACCAGACAUAUCAAACUUUUUCUUCAGUCAUGGGCUUAGAGAUGUAUCAGACCCUGAUUCAUGGUUUCAGAGUUGUUUGCCUAUUAGGCAUGGAGGGUUUGGUCUCUCCAGGAUGCAAUCAGUCACUCCCAUGGCAUUCCUAG